AUCACUAUACGCCAAAUUACAUUUCAAAUUUUUUUUCCCCAUUAAUUGAUCUCGAAAAACUUCGUUCAUCAUGCCGGUUUAUGCAUCGUCUUCCGAUUCCGAAAACGAGAGGGCGGCGAUCCACCCGACGACAAGACUCUUCGGCCGUCAAAGGUCUAUCCAUUCCAUCCUCGGCGGAGGAAAAGUUGCGGAUAUAUUGUUGUGGAGAGAGUCGAAGAUAUCGGGGGCUCUAUUAGUAGGGGUCGGCCUCAUCUGGUUCCUGUUCGAAGUGGUCGAGUACAAUUUCAUUGCCCUAAUUUGUCACCUUUCCAUCACGGCAAUGCUCCUUCUCUUCAUUUGGUGCACCGGCUCUGAUUUUUUCAACUGGAAUCGACCGACGAUACCUGAAGUGCUGUUACAUGAGUCGUCCUUCAGACAAUUGGCGUCGACGUUUCAUGUCAGAUUCAACAAGAUCUUGUCGAAGCUUCUAGAUAUUGCAUAUGGAAGAGACCCUCCACUCUUCUUUUUGACAACGAUCUCGCUUUACAUUAUAUCGGUCGUCGGGACAUACUUCAGCUUCUUGAAUCUCUUUUUCUUGGGCUUCCUGAGCAUGCAAACCCUGCCGGUUCUGUAUGAAUUAUACGAAGACGACGUGGAGAGGCUCGCGGGUAAGUUGGCAAGAAAGCUCAAGAGGAUUUACAGAAAGCUAGACUCCAAUGUUCUCAGUAAGAUUCCAAGAGGGCCCAUCAAGCAAAAGAAACGUAUAUGACUCAUAAUUAUGCAUGUAUAUAUAUACAUAUAUAUUUAUACAUCUUUGUGUAUGCUUUAUGUAUAUAUAUAAUGUUAGUAAUGUUGGUGUAAUGUACAUAAUCAAAUUCCAUGAAAAUUCAGAAUUGUUGUGUAAUACUUGAGUAAUGUAAAAAAGUGAGAUGUUUGGUAUU